GUCUUCGGGGAAGCAUCGCGUUCAAGAACGGAAAAACAUUAAAUAUAUAGAAUAUAUACAGAAACUAAUAAAAGAGAGAGAUCGGGCGAGAAAAUCUACGAAGAAAAAGAAACGACAUUGACAUUCAAGCGGGCGCUAAUUGAUCGGAAAACCCCCUUACGUCCCGGGUCAAGUGCUCUCAAUUGGAAGAGUCAGGUGGCAGCAUGGGGCAUCUGGGCCCCCUGCUGUUUCUGUCUCUGACGCUAGCUCUGUGCCCCCUUUUGGUCAGAUCCGAAAAGGAACCGGCUUGCGGAUCGCUGGAGAUCAAUGAAAUCCGGGACUUUAAGAAGCUGGAGAACUGCACCCACGUGGUGGGGCACGUUCGGAUCGCGUAUGUAGACUUCACGGCGCUGAACCUCAGUCUGAUAUCAUUAGCGAGCAAUAUCAGUGAAAUCAGUGAUUAUUUAAUGGUAUUCCGAUGCCCUGGACUGCUGACCCUCGAAUCAAUAUUCCCCCGCUUGCGCAUCAUUCGGGGUCAGGCCCUGCUCUUCGAUGAGUUCUCGUUUGUGGUCUAUGAGAACCGAAAUCUGCGGGAGCUGGGUCUGGUGGAGAUGUUGCGCAUUCAAAAGGGCUCCAUUCGCAUCGAAUCGAACCCCAGGCUGUGCUUCGUCGAGACUGUGGACUGGCUAUACCUGCUGGGGAAUGCAACGCAGCAGCAUUAUUACCUCAAGCACAAUACCCCACCCAGUCACUGUCCCAUAUGUGGGAGCUUGUCCCCAGACUACGGAAUCAAUCAAAACACUUCGGAUUUUUGUUGGAACCUGAAGGCUGCCCAGCUUCGCCCUCAGCCGCCUCGCCUUCGGAACUGUCCUGUGGCCUGCGGGAACAACGGCUGUGAUAGUGCCGGAAAGUGCUGUGAUCGAAACUGUGUCACCGGGUGCUACGCCCAGAAUUGUACUCUCUGCGGUAACUUUAAGAGCAGGAUUGGGUGCGUCAACCAGUGCCUGGCCAGCUACGAAAUACACAAGAGACAGUGCAUCACCACCAAGCAGUGCAGGGACUUGGGACGAAUUCCCCUGACCCAAGGAUAUAGAUGUGUCGAAAAGUGUCCUGGAAAUCAAAAGAAAGUCCUCGACGCCAAGGGCAUUCUACACUGUCAGGUAGACUGCAGUGGGGACUUCCAUGUUAAGGUAGCUGCGGACUUGGAGUCACUACAAGACUGUGUGAAAAUAAAUGGAUCAUUGACCAUCGAGCUGACAAAUAUAAAAGAGAAAAUAGUAGAAGCAUUAGAGGUGGCAUUGAUGAAUGUCAAGGAAAUCACAGGCUACCUAAAGGUUGUCCACUCUGGUCACCUGACUUCGUUGACCUUUUUGAAAAACCUAGAUUUCAUAAAAGGAACAAGGCUGGUGGAAAAUAAAUACGCCCUCUAUGUUGUGAACAAUCAUCACCUGGAACACCUCUGGCCAAACAAUCAUCAGGUUGUGGUGCAGAGCGGCUCGAUGUAUUUCCACCUGAAUCCCCGGCUUUGCUAUGAAAAAAUAAUGGCAUUGGCGCCCUCGCUGAAGAGUGUCCAGAAGGUAUCCGUGGUCGAUGUUUCGCCCAAUUCGAAUGGCGAACGGGUGAUUUGUGGCGCGGGAGUGCGGUCCCUAAAUGCAACUGUGGAUGAUGUGAAUUCUACCGCAGUGCGCAUUCUCCUCGAUUACAUGGACUGGGAUGGCAUGGAGACCCUAAUGGGAUAUUCCUAUUUUUACAAAGAAGCCCCACAGCAGAACGUGACUAUGUACGACGGUCGGCACGGAUGCGGUCACGAUAAUUGGCUUAUGAACGUUGUGAUUACUCAGAGUCGCCGGCAUGUAAUUGGUGGACUGAAGCCGUACACUCAGUAUGCCUACUUUGUGAAGACCCUGACUCGAACGGACUACCAUAUGCAACUGGAUGCGUACUCCAAGAUCGGAUACUUUCAAACGCUGCCCGACAGGCCUAGUCCGGUGAUGAGGUUACGUGGCCGUUCUGAGCUGAGUUCGGAAAUUCUUCUUCACUGGUGGCCACCACUGCGUCCGAAUGGCAUCAUCACCAAAUACAUAGUAACCUACGAAAAGCAGAAUCUAACUGAAGAACAAGCUAAAAACUAUGACAACUCAUUGCCUCAGAACUUUACUCAAUUGGACUGCCAGUGCGUAGAGGAUGAGCCCUAUUACUCGGGACCCCAGGCAGAUGACGAGGACUACUACAACAAGGAUCAAAUAGCAUAUGAAGAUGCACUUCCCAAUCUCAUAUUUGUUUCACGCAGCCAACUGAAUAGAGUGAAGAAGGAAUUUGAUAAAGUCAUUGACUACGAGCACCUUUUAAGGACCAAGAAAGAGGAACCCCCCCGACCCAAGACAACCACUCCAGCGCCUACCAACGAGUCUCUGGAAAAUGAUCGGAAGGCCGCUGAAAACUAUGAAAAGUUCCGCCUGGAUUCGGAGUUGGGUCAGAGAAUGGCUCAGGACGAGGGCAAGGAACAAUAUAAUCUGCGCCAUGCCAUGCCCAAGUGCCAGGAUUCGCAUGCCUCCGUCGGACAGCAGGUGGAGGAGAAGUGCGUGCUUGAGGAGAUAUUGGAGGGCACCGAGUUGUCCGGCAAUAAGCACUCCUAUUACAUGACCCACCUGGAUGAGUCCUCCUUCUACCGGGUCACAGUUAGUGCAUGUGUUGCGGGUGUGGUCAACGGAUGCUCUACGCCCACGGAAGUGCUUCUCAUGACCUGGCCGAAAAUCAAUCGAACUUCUAAUGCCAAUUGACAAGUGAUAAGUCUGGGAUCAUAUUUUUUUUUAAUGAUUUUAAAAGUAAAACAAGAUAAGGUUCCGAAAUUCGGAAAUCUUAUAGCUGCUCCUAUUGAAAGUAUUACUUAGCCAUUAGUUAUGAUGGAUUUCCAUGCUACACAACCACAAUAAAGUCUACGAAUUCCUAAA